AUGAUCAAAGUCGCUGUUGUCGGUACCAACGGGUUAGCCCAGUACAUUGCGAAUAGCCUCGCUACUCAAACGUCACAUCAGUUCGUCAUCUUAUCCAGAAGGCCUAGUCCCGGCCUGACCGCUAGAGGUUGGCAAGUACUCCAGGUAGAUUAUUCCAACCCUUCGGACCUCCGAUUCAAGCUUGCUGGCGUCGACACCGUCAUAUCUACCAUUGGCGGCAACGCUCAAUUGGCCCUGGUUGACGCCGCAGCAGCAGCUCACGUUCGACGUUUUGUACCUUCAGAAUUCGGUGGACCUCCUUCUUUACGCCCUCAAAACGAUCUUCUCGAUAAUGGUCGUCGUGCAGCCAUCCUCCGACUUCACCAACACGAGGCGUCAGGCAUGAGGUUCACAGUCUUCACCUGUGGUGUUCUCUACGAGCGAUUUGCUCCGGGGGGUAUGGCAGCCUCACAAAUUGGAUUGCGAAGUCACAUUGGGCAGGAAGGUGAUUACCUGAUGGACUUCCGACAAAGAAGAGCACAAAUUCCUUAUCUCAACUCUGCUGGACAGCCCGCCACAAUUUGUAUGACCUCUGCAAGGGACGUGGCCAGGUUUGUUGUUGCAGCAUUGGAUCUUCCCUCAUGGCCACGAGAAUUCAGAUUACGAGGAGAACGAAUGAGUGUUCAAGAUGUGGUUGCCAUCGCCGAACAGGUUCAAGGACGAUCCUUUGAAAUAUCAGGUUACACGAGAAGCUCCUUACAAGAUUCCUUGACCUAUGCUCGAGCAGUAGGUGACCGUGCUCGAGAAACUCGAGUCCAUCAUUUGAUUGCUACAGCGGAAGGACGCUAUGAUUUUGUCAAUACAAACCUCAAUCAGUUGGUGUCUUUCAGACCUGAGGGGUUUCAAGAAUGGCUUGUGCGUGUAUGGUCAGCUGCGACUUGA